CUUGCUGCUUGCUUAUCGACGCCUGAGCUGGGGGAGGCUCUUGCAAACCACAGCCCGCCAUGAAGUUCUUUAUCGACGACCUCCCCGUGCUGUUCCCGUACCCUCGUAUAUACCCCGAGCAAUAUGCAUACAUGUGCGAUCUCAAGAAGACCCUCGACGCCGGGGGUCACUGCGUCUUGGAGAUGCCGUCCGGUACUGGGAAGACCGUCUCUUUGUUGUCUCUGAUCGUUGCCUAUCAGCAACAUUACCCAGAGCAUCGGAAGCUUAUCUACUGCUCGCGGACAAUGUCUGAGAUCGAGAAAGCUUUAACGGAGUUGAAGGCGUUAAUGAAAUAUCGAGAAGGCCAGCUAGGCCACACAGAAGACUUCCGGGCACUAGGGUUGACAAGUCGAAAGAACUUGUGUCUACAUCCGUCCGUCAAGCGAGAGAAAAGUGGCACCGUGGUAGAUGCAAGAUGCAGGAGCCUGACAGCAGGCUUCGUCAAAGAGAAGAAGGAAAGAGGCGAAGAUGUAGACCUUUGCAUAUACCAUGAGAAUCUCGACUUGCUGGAACCGCAUAACCUCGUCCCUACUGGCGUCUUCACGCUCGACGGGCUAAUAAAGUACGGAGAGCAACAUAAGCAAUGCCCAUAUUUUUCAGCAAGACGCAUGAUGCCCUUUUGCAACGUUAUCAUCUACUCUUACCAUUACCUCCUUGACCCGAAGAUUGCCGAACGAGUAUCGAGAGAGCUCUCGAAAGACUGCAUCGUAGUAUUUGACGAAGCCCACAACAUCGAUAACGUCUGCAUCGAAUCUUUGAGCAUUGAUAUCACCGAAGACUCGUUACGAAAGGCUACACGAGGAGCAAGCAACUUGGAACGAAAAAUUGAAGAACUGAAGAGCUCCGAUGCGGAGAAACUUCAAAAUGAAUAUACAAAGCUGGUCGAAGGUCUUCGAGAGGCAGAGCAAGCUAGAGAAGAGGACCAAUUCAUAUCGAAUCCGGUCCUUCCGGACGACCUACUGAAGGAAGCAGUGCCCGGUAAUAUUCGCAGAGCGGAACACUUCGUUUCUUUUUUGAAGCGAUUCAUCGAGUAUCUCAAAACGCGUAUGAAAGUCACACAUACCAUAUCCGAGACUCCACCAUCUUUCUUGACCCACCUAAAAGAUUUGACUUAUAUCGAAAGGAAGCCGUUGCGGUUCUGUGCCGAACGUCUGACUUCCCUGGUGAGAACUCUUGAGCUAGUGAACAUCGAAGAUUAUCAGCCUCUUCAAGAAGUUGCCACGUUCGCGACCCUGGUUGCAACUUACGACAAAGGUUUCUGUUUGAUUCUGGAGCCGUUUGAGUCCGAAACAGCCACCGUGCCCAACCCAGUUCUGCAUUUCACCUGUCUGGACGCUGCCAUUGCUAUCAAACCAGUAUUCGACCGAUUUAGCUCCGUCAUCAUUACCUCUGGGACAUUGUCCCCCCUUGAGAUGUACCCGAAAAUGCUAGGGUUCACGACCGUGCUUCAAGAGUCAUACAGCAUGACCUUAGCACGCCGCUCUUUCCUACCAAUGAUCGUGACUCGUGGGUCCGAUCAGGCUCAAGUUUCUUCCGGAUUCCAGAUUCGAAAUGAUCCUGGCGUUGUACGCAACUACGGUAAUCUUGUCCUCGAAUUUGCACGAAUCACCCCAGACGGGAUCGUUGUCUUCUUCCCGUCAUACCUCUAUAUGGAGUCGAUUAUCAGCAUGUGGCAGGGGAUGGGCAUUCUAGACUCGAUCUGGAACUAUAAGCUGAUCCUUGUCGAAACGCCGGAUGCUCAAGAAUCGUCUCUCGCAUUGGAAACAUACCGCACAGCGUGCUGUAACGGACGAGGAGCGGUCCUAUUUUGUGUCGCACGGGGAAAGGUAUCAGAAGGUAUCGAUUUCGACCAUCACUAUGGCCGUGCCGUGCUCUGUAUUGGUGUGCCAUUCCAGUAUACCGAAUCUCGCAUCCUUAAAGCCCGUCUUGAAUUCCUUCGGGAAAACUAUCGCAUCAGAGAGAACGACUUUUUAUCUUUCGACGCCAUGAGACACGCCGCACAGUGCCUGGGCCGUGUCCUACGAGGGAAAGAUGACUACGGAGUCAUGGUGCUGGCUGACCGUCGGUUCCAAAAGAAACGGACCCAGUUACCCAAGUGGAUCAGUCAAGCCAUGCUGGAGAGCGAGACGAAUCUAAGCACAGACAUGGCCGUGGCAACAGCCAAGAGCUUCCUUCGAACCAUGGCCCAGCCGUUCAAGGCCAAGGAUCAAGAGGGAAUCUCAACGUGGAGUCUGGCCGAUCUCGAGCGACAUCUCGCUAAACAAAGACAAGAGGAGGAUAGAAUGAAGCGCGAAACACUCGCAGACGCUCAAGCAAAUAAUGGUUUUCAUCGCAAUGGAGCCGGCAUUGCAGACCAUGACGAAUUUGACGACGGCAUUGAUGAAGACUUGGUCAUGCUAGACGCCCAGUAAACAACAAGGCAAGACUAGGGUCUGUCUAUGCAUGCAUAUUAACCAUUAAAUAUCUGAUUUUGACUAUCUGUCGCAAGCGUUCUUUUCCUCACCUGCUUCAUUUGAAUUGGAAAAACUACGAUCAUGAUACCAUAGCACUUAGGUUGGAGUUUUGAGGUAGAAUUGGAUAUGAA